AGAAUGUGACCUGAGGAAUCAAAGUCUGCCUCUCCAUGCCGUCUGUUCCCUCAGCCGCCGCCAUGGCCUCCUGGUCAGCUGCGCUCCUCCUCGCUGCUCUGUACUACUGGCUCGCCCUCUCUGCCUCGGUUCACAACGCUGCCACAUUCGACGAGAUCGCGCACAUUGCCGGUGGGAUGAGCAUGGUGACAUACCGAGACUUCCGUCUCAACCCCGAGAACGGCGCCCUGCCACAGAUGGUGGCUGGGGUAGCCAUGGCGGCAGGAGGUGUGCGCAUGGCUGAAGUGUCGGACCCGAGUGUGUACACGGGGCAAGCAUGGCUGCACAGCGACGGGUGGGAGAUCGGGUACCAGACCCUCUACCAUGCAGGCAACGAGCCCUCUCGCGUCCUCCUCUACGGACGUGCAGGCGUCGCUCUGUUCUCGUUCGGUACGGUCUUGCUCGCGCACGCGGCAGCCUGGCAGGUGUACGAGGGAGACGCUGCUUGUGCUCUCCUCUCAACCCUCCUGACUGCUUUCUGCCCGACCCUCCUGGCGCAUGGAGCCCUCGUGACCUCUGACGGAGCCUUCACCUUCACCGCCCUCCUCGCCUCCCUCAGCGUCUCCCGCAUGCUCGACUGCAUCGCUCCUGGUGCCGCCGACAAGCAAGCAGGAGAGGCCUCGGCGUGGCGAUCGCUCGCAUGGGCUCUCGUCGCAGGAUGCAGCGUGGGGUCUGUCAUUGUCGCGAAGCACAGCGGGGUGAUCAUGGCUCCCAUCGCCCUUCUCCUCCUCCUUCUCAAGCUCCCGGCCUUGUGCAGCAGAAAGAUCCUCAGUCGCCUCCUCCUCCUCCUCCUCGCUGUAGCCGUCGCAGUCGCCUGCUCCUUUCUUGCUGUCUGGGGCUGCUAUGGCUUCCGCUUUUCCGCCUUCAAUCACCUCGAGUGUCGGCAGUGGAAGAGCAACUGGGACGCAGGUCUCGGCAGUCAGCACGGCAAGCUGGAAGGAAUUCCGCAACUGCUGGUCCAGCUCGCGAAGAAGCACAAGCUCCUUCCUGAAGCUCUGCUAUACGGCAUGAGCUACGCGUUCCUCAGGCAAGCCACCAACGCUCGAGCUUGCUUCCUCGCAGGGGAGCAUGGCACAGCGGGCUGGCGCUUCUUCUUUCCGUACGCCAUGCUCGUCAAGACUCCCAGUGGAGUCUUCCUCCUCCUCUCCCUCGCCGUCUGCAUGCUCAUCCUGUCGUCGCCAGGAGGAGACCUCCGUCGGUUCCUGCGGCGCAUGACCCCACUUCUCGUUCUGAUCUUCAUCUACUCCCUCGUCGCCGUCAACCAGAACCUCAACAUCGGGCACAGGCACAUGCUCCCUGUGUACCCUCCCCUCUACAUCCUUUGCGGCCUCUGCGGUAAGUUGCUUCGAGGAUGGGACUCCGCCUCGGCUCCUCGCUCGCUCCUCCUCCUCCUCCUCCUCUCCAUCGUAGCUGCGACCAUGGCGGUAUCAGCAGAGGUCCUAAGCUCCUUCCCCUACUUCAUCCCCUUCUUCAACCGCCUCGCUGGAGGUCCCCAGCUGGGGUUCGGCCACCUCGUCGACAGCUCCCUUGACUGGGGGCAGGGUCUCCCAGCUCUCAAGACUUUCAUGACGGAGGAGACGGAAAGGAUCCGCUCGAACGCAACAAGCGAACAAAGACCAGUCUUCUACGUCUCCUACUUCGGUCUUGGAAACCCCCCGAGCCAUGGCAUCAGCAGCAACUCAAACUUCUCUGUCUAUCACUUGCAUAGUUCGGUCUCGGGGGUGUCACGGCCAAGGCACAUACAGGAGGUCAAUGUCCUUCUCUUCCCCGGCUACUUCUGCAUUGGCGCCAGCAUGCUCCAGCCCGUCUACAACAGUCACGCGCCUGGCAACUGGAACGCGCACUACGAGCUCGUCUACAGGAGGCAGGCGAGGUUUCUCAUCCGGCUGCUCACCGUCUCGGAGCAUCUUCGGACGCAGCUCGUGACGGGGCAGGUUCAGGUCCUCCACGACAUGCCUAAGAUGCUCUCCUGGAUCGACGGAUUUCGGCUCGCUAGGUUGUGCUCCUUCUUCCGAGAGAUGAAGCCGCAUGCCCAGCCAUCCUAUGCCUUCAACGUGUACAAGAUCGACGCCAAGACUCUCACCCGAUUCCUCUUCGGACCUGCACCUCCUCAAACCGUGGACAACGACAUGACAUUCCUGCGCCUCCGCCUCGCCUGACGAGAUUUAACGGCUGCAAGCGCAUCGAGUGUUUAAUCUCAGAGACUGAAAGCCGAAGAGACAAGAGAGGAAAACUCG